GACUGGGCCGAGCUUAUGCUCUGGCUUUUGCAGAAAGAGGAGCGUUAGUUGUUGUGAAUGACUUAGGGGGAGACUUCAAGGGAUUUGGUAAAGGUUCCUCAGCUGCGGACAAAGUUGUGGAAGAGAUAAGAAGGAGAGGCGGGAAAGCAGUGGCCAAUUAUGAUUCGGUUGAAGCAGGAGAGAAGCUUGUGAAGACAGCCCUGGAUGCUUUCGGCAGAAUAGAUGUUGUGGUCAAUAAUGCUGGAAUCCUGAGGGACCGUUCCUUCUCCAGGAUAAGUGAUGAAGACUGGGAUAUUAUUCAGAGAGUUCAUUUGCGGGGCUCUUUCCAAGUGACCCGGGCAGCAUGGGAUCAUAUGAAGAAACAGAAUUAUGGAAGGAUCCUUAUGACUUCCUCAGCUUCUGGGAUAUAUGGCAACUUUGGUCAGGCAAAUUACAGUGCUGCGAAGAUGGGUGUUCUGGGCCUCUGCAAUACUCUGGCAAUUGAAGGCAGGAAGAACAACAUUCACUGCAACACCAUCGCCCCCAAUGCUGGGUCACGGAUGACAAAGACUGUGCUGCCAGAAGAUAUUGUUGAAGCCCUGAAGCCAGAUUAUGUGGCUCCUCUGGUACUUUGGCUUUGCCAUGAGAGCUGUGAGGAAAAUGGUGGUUUAUUUGAGGUUGGAGGAGGCUGGAUUGGAAAAUAAUCAACGGGUCGUGUAAUUGAAAUUUUACAUAAGAUAGAUUCAGAAGGAGUCUCACAAAAUCACACCAGUCAUUCGACAUCUACAGCCACAUCAGGAUUUGCUCGUGCUGUUGGCUAUAAGCUUCCUUCAUUUUCUUCUUCAUAUACGGAAUUGGAGAGUAUUAUGUAUGCCCUUGGAGUAGGUGCUUCAGUCAAGAAUCCAAAGGAUUUGAAGUUUGUGUAUGAAGGAAGUGCUGACUUCUCCUGUUUGCCCACCUUUGGAGUUAUCAUUGCUCAGAAGGCCAUGAUGAAUGGAGGGCUAGCAGAGAUUCCUGGGCUGUCAAUCAACUUUGCAAAGGUUCUUCAUGGGGAGCAAUACUUGGAGUUGUAUAAACCACUUCCUCGAUCAGGAGAACUAAAAUGUGAAGCAGUUGUUGCUGACAUCCUGGAUAAAGGAUCUGGCAUAGUGAUUGUUAUGGACGUCCAUUCUUAUUCUGGGAAGGAACUUAUAUGCUAUAAUCAGUUCUCUGUUUUUGUUGUUGGCUCUGGGGGCUUUGGUGGAAAACGGACGUCAGAAAAACUCAAAGCAGCUGUAGCUGUACCAAAACGACCCCCUGAUGCUGUAUUGAGGGACAGCACUUCACUAAAUCAGGCUGCUUUGUACCGCCUCAGCGGGGACUGGAAUCCCUUACACAUCGACCCUAGCUUCGCUAGCAUUGCUGGUUUUGAGAAGCCCAUAUUACAUGGAUUGUGCACCUUUGGAUUUUCUGCAAGGCAUGUUUUACAGCAGUUUGCAGAUAAUGAUGUGUCAAGAUUCAAGGCGAUUAAGGUUCGUUUUGCCAAACCAGUGUAUCCAGGACAAACUCUACAAACUGAGAUGUGGAAGGAAGGAAACAGAAUUCAUUUUCAAACCAAGGUCCAAGAGACUGGAGACAUCGUCAUUUCAAAUGCAUAUGUAGAUCUUGUGCCUACAUCUGGGGUUUCAGCUCAAAUACCCUAAGGUAGGCUGCAAAGACUGGCAUGCA